UUUCGGCACAUCGGCACCGAUUCGCAUUUGUUAAAAGCAACACAACAUGGCUGCUGUUUUCGUCUCGCUGGUGUCGUCGCCGUAGUAUCUCCCGAAAAAAGUGCGCGCACCACCAGCACGAUCAGUUCUAAACAAUUCAAAACACUCGGGAGUCCAUCGCAUUCAUGCAGAAGACACGCGUCGAUCCGGUAAAAAACAGUGCGUCGUGAAAACUACGAUACGCUUCGAUUGACGAAGUAACCGAGUGGCGCAGCGCGCAACGGCAGAGCGCUAAUAACAGACACGCGAUAAACAAGCGAAAGUUAGAAGCGCACCGUGCGUGCGUGUGGGGGGCGGCCAGGGGCCCUCGGGGGCGGCGUAGGAUGCGGCACACCGUGAUUAAUCAGUGACCCGCCGCGAGAACGUGAACUAGGAUACCACCCGGAGGAGCGGCCACCGUGAAGAUGACGCGGCUGCUGCUUGUUGUACAAAUCUUGUUGUGGCUUUGCCAUUUAGUUUAUAGUUCGGGGAAGUUAAAAUGCAGAUGCGACAUGUGUUCGCGUACGAACAACACGUGCGAAACGGACGGCUACUGCUAUGCGGCAAAGUACAUCGAAAACGGCCAACAGCAUCACACGUACAGGUGCCUACCGACGGACUUGCAGGUGCCGUCUUUCAAUCCUCUGUUCUGCAACCCGCAGAGACCCUCCAAUCAUUCCUUCGCGAUGGAGUGCUGCCGCGACAGGGACUACUGCAACGAGAACCUCAAUCCCAAACUAACACCCCUGCCCCGAGAUGCUUUGAUACCAGCGACAUAAUCUUAAAUCCCUAUCCCGUACAGACCGAUUAUUGCAAGGAGCACUUCGUGGUGGACGGCGACGCCGCCUUCGAGGCGGUCGCCGCCAACUGCUGCGACCAGUACGAUUACUGUAACGUGCAGCUGAUGCGAACGCUGCCCGUUCUCACUGUCGGCAAGCCGAAAGGAGAGAAUGCAGAUGAGUUCAGUACGACGUCGAUUGUCAUCGGCGCCGGGGUUGUCGCCUUGAUUGCUGGCGUGGUUGUCUUCGCGUGGGUUUGGUACCGUCGACAACCGGGUCGUCGAGGCGCACGCUUACAGCAUAUAGGAUUGGGGGAGGAUAGCACCGAGGCGCCGGACCAUCCGAUGCUCAAUGGUAAUUCAUUGCGGCAUAUGAUAGAAAUGACCACUAGUGGUAGUGGAUCAGGUUUACCCCUGUUGGUACAAAGAAGUAUAGCACGUCAAAUCCAGCUGGUGAAUAUAAUCGGUCAGGGGCGAUUCGGUGAGGUAUGGCGUGGUAGUUGGCGCGGCGAGGAUGUCGCCGUGAAAAUUUUCAGUUCGCGCGAGGAACGCUCCUGGUUCCGCGAGGCUGAAAUCUACCAGACGGUCAUGCUUCGUCACGACAACAUUUUAGGCUUUAUCGCCGCCGAUAAUAAAGACAACGGUACCUGGACGCAGCUGUGGCUGAUAACGGAUUAUCACGAGCGCGGCUCGCUGUUUGAUUAUCUCGGCCGCAGCACGUUCAAUACGAGUGAUAUGAUCUGCAUGGCGCUGUCGAUUGCCACCGGGCUUGCUCAUCUUCACAUGGAUAUCAUGGGCACUCAGGGUAAACCAGCGAUUGCGCAUAGAGACUUAAAGUCGAAGAAUAUACUCGUGAAGCAGAAUGGCACGUGUGCGAUUGGUGAUUUGGGCCUAGCGGUGCGGCACGAUGUUUCUACUGAUACGGUAGAUAUUCCGCUUAAUAAUCGGGUGGGUACUAAGCGAUAUAUGGCGCCGGAGGUGCUCGACGAGACGAUGAAGACGGAUCAUUUUGAUUCGUUUAAACGCGCUGAUGUGUAUGCGCUGGGACUCAUAUUUUGGGAGAUUUCGCGGCGUUGCAGUGUCGGUGGCAUGUACGAUGAGUAUCAGCUACCAUUUUUUGAUGCUGUGCCGAGUGAUCCAACUAUUGAUGAUAUGCGAAGAGUUGUAUGCUUUGAUAGAAGGCGUCCAAGUAUACCAAACCGAUGGCAGAACUGCGACGCGCUGGUAGUGAUGUCAAAGUUGAUGAAAGAGUGUUGGUAUCAUAACGCGACGGCGCGUCUCACCGCGUUGCGCAUUAAAAAGACGCUGUCGAACUAUCGCACCUCGGAGGAGCUCAAAAUGUGAGCGGCUGCGGCUGAGUGAGCGAGAGUGUUUUGUUUGUUUCGCGAAACAAUUGUUUUCGUUUUGAUUUUAUUUUGUUUUGUUGUAUAUUUAGAUUUUAACGGUACCAAACGAGAAGUAGUUACGCAGUUAUUUAUUUAAGUAUUAUUCUACGCUAUUAUCGGGUUCUCAUUGUUAGACAACCAAGCAGACACCCACCCAACGUACAUACAUACAUACACACACGACACGUGCAGCUGUCUCCGAACAUUCAUUCCAUAAUUAUAAAUGACAUUACAAUAAACCGCAACACAAACACACACAAAAGUAACCACAUACCGAGAAGUCUGAUUUUAUAGUUGUGAUCUACGUAACCGUUCUUAAAGUGACAGACUGACUUACAAACCCCACACACACACACACUCGAGCCAAAAAUUGCGUCUUGGCGUGAGCUGGAUGUCAAUUAAUUUUUAUAUCAGUAAAAGACAAUAUUUUAAGACUCAUACUUACUCACUUAGAAACUGCAAAUAUCUCAAACCUCAAAACACUGCCACUUUUCGAGAACGUUUAUGCCCUACAUACGCCAUCUUUGUGACAGAUGACAGACGAACAUAACCAAACUUCAAAUCUAUCUUCCACCUGUUUUUUUUUUAUUUUGUUUAUAUCCGUUUUAUGCAAGCGACGAGCGAAAGUGAAUGAGUGCGAAAAUAUGCUACCGUAGUUCCUAAUCACAAAACAAACAAACAAUUCGAGGUGUGCGCGCACGUUUCGUUCUUUGAUCGUUUUUGUUAAAAUCGUGCGUAAGGAUGUUACACGUUGACACAUUGAAACCUGAACGAAAGUUAUAUGAGAAAACAAAAUUCGUACAUAAUAAUAUUAGUCUUUAAGGGUUUACCGCUUCACACUUGACACCCCACACAUGAAUAUAUAAUGAUUAACUUACGAUUUAAAGUACAUAUAUUAAAAGUAUAUUUAAAAACUACACACAACACAAAAAAAAUUAUUAUGAAUAUCGUGCUAACUAUAUUUCUAUUUUUAAGGCGUAUUUAUUACGAUGAUGAUGAAUAACGAAGGAGAAAUCUAUUGUUGUAUUGCCUAAAGACGUUUGAUCACAAAUAAUUAACAUUUUCGUGCCUAGCGUGUAAACAUUGGCGUAACAAUUUAUGAAACGAACAUUUCGACGAAGAAAAGUAAAAAUUUAAAAACAAAAACUAUUUUUAAGUGGUUAUGCUGAUACAAAACAAAAAUAUAUUAAUCAGAUUAUCGUAGGAAUUAGUUGUAUAGAUAAAUAUUUGUAGAAUGUUGAUUUUGAGACACAAUCAAGUUGAAAUUUGCAGGCGGUUGUGAGUAGUGGUGGUCAAAAAGACUGAUUCGGACUGGACUGGAUGGAAACAAUCUAUAUAUCAGAGACGAAAUUCAUUAUCAAAAUUUUGGUGCAAAAUUCGAAAAGACUGAUUUGGAGAUAUAGGAUAAUGGUGACGGUAGGGAAUAGGCAAAGGAAACAAUUGGCUAAUUUUGAUAUAAAUUUAAUGUCGGAUAGGGACGAGCAGGAAGCGGAUCGGAGUCAGGGUUGGUUAGAAUAUUGGUGAUCAGGCACACAACAUAAGUUUAAGUUAAGCGCACUUGUAAUCGCCCCCAUGCACACAUAACACAAACACACACUGGACACGCGUUUAAUAAUUACAUGGUUAAACCAUAACGGUUCUUGUCUUUUGUCAAUAUGUAUAUAUUAACGAGAUGUAGCUAUCCUCUAAUAUAUUACGAAGAAGAAAAAUGAAAACUAUUAAAAAUGAUGAAAAAAAACGCAAAAGAAAGCGAAAUGUGGUGAAUAUUUUUAAUGAUGAUGAAACAAAAAGCGAUAUGAUUAAAUAUUAAAAAUAAUAAAAUUAUGAAAA